AUGUCAUUCAUUCAUGGUGAAGGAAAACGAAAUAGCAAGAAAGUUGAAGAUGAAGAAAAGGAACAAGAGGUUUAUGUGUCAGGAAAAGGUUUAGGGGAUGAUAUUACAAGUUCACAAGAUGCAACAUUUGAGGAUAUAAAAGAAACAACUGGUGAGCAUGUUACUACAGUGGCCUAUAUAGAGGAGGAACAGGCUCUAAACUCAACGCCUAAGGAGAUCCUUAAGGAAGAAGCAGAGGACCAAUCAAGUGAUGCUCAAGAGCUGGAGGGCUUUGCUGCCGGGGGUGACGGCGGAGUUGAUGUCGGAGGUGACGUCGUUGGCGGAGGCAGUGGCCGGCUUGCAGAUCGGAGAUGCGGUGAGAGGAGCAAGAGUCUCGUGUGA